ACUCUAUGUAUGAUUAAACCGAUACGCUCUAGCUUUUAAGUUUGCUAUUCUUGCUACAGAUUUCAGACUGGAAGUUUAUCGUAUUGCACUGAAAACACCUUUGCUGCGCCACGCUUGAGUCACUGUGGAGGACAGUACCUAUGUUCACAUUUGUCUUGCGCCCAACCAGCUUUUAUCUCUUGUGUCAGUCAGCAGCGAAGCCCAGGAAAAAUCCACUUUCUCUCCCAAGCCAACGACACCACAACAUCAUCACCAACUUUUCUUCUUCCACCAACACAUCUCUUCUUCACUUCACGCAUACCGACAAACCGCCAAUAUGCCUAAGAACAAGGGAAAGGGUGGAAAGAACCGCAGACGUGGUACCAAGGAGAACGAUGACCAGCGCCGAGAGCUCACCUUCAAGGAGGAUGGCCAAGAGUAUGCUCAGGUCGUGAAGAUGCUUGGUAACGGUCGUCUCGAGGCUCUGUGCUUCGAUGGAAGCAAGCGUCUCGCCAACAUUCGCGGCAAAAUGCGAAAGAAGGUCUGGAUUAACCAGGGUGAUAUUAUCCUCCUCUCUCUCCGUGACUUCCAGGACAACAAGGGCGACGUCAUUCUCAAGUACACCGCCGACGAAGCCCGUACCCUCAAGUCUUAUGGCGAGCUCCCUGAGAACGCCAAGAUCAACGAAACCGACUCUUUCGGCCAGGGAGAGGAUGGCGAGGCCUACUUCGAGUUCGGCGACGCUGAUUCAGACGAUGACUCUGACGAUGGCGCCGCUGGCAACAAGAAGGAGGUCGACAUUGACGACAUUUAAGCUCGCCAAAGCCCCUCCAAAUCCCCUUCUCUCUCUCCACCGAGCCCCCGACGCUACCGGGUGAUACAAACGUAUUUCGCGGCUGGUGUUGUUGAUAUUGUCUUCUCUCUCAAACCCGGAGCCGAGCACCCAAAGCUCUGUGCGUCGGGUCCCACGACAGUAGUUGCUGUGGAGUCGUAGACGGCCGUGGUGGGAGGGACGUCACGGCAUGUCGUUCUCUUUUGGACUUUCAGUAUCACGAUCGAAUUUUCUGUCUUGUUCCGUUUUUAGGUUGUUUUUACUGGACGAACACGUUUUUUUCUUAACGCUUUACGAUCAUCACCUUCGUCUCAAAAGCACAGAUUAGACAAGACAGGAAAAUGCUUACUAUGGUUUCAUAAAUAUUCUUUGAUUCUCGCAUUGCAUUCAUGUCGUGAAUAGUAAAUGCAACGCACUAACUAUUGCUGAUUUUGUGGGCUAGUCAUUCUGUAAUCUUGUAGAAUCUCGUUAAUGCUAUGGGUGUCUAUAGAACAUAACCAACUUUUGUCAUGCCAACUGGAAAUACUACAGGCGCAGUAGAACCAUUUGGUGAUACAAGCCCGAUCUCAGAUGUUGGUGCUGAUUCGCAACCAAGAUACGUCUGCAACUGGUUGAUUCGUC